GUCCUGAAACGCGCCGUGAGCUUGCUCUACGGUCGCGAGACUCGCCUGGAGGAGUAAAGUCACAUUUAGGCUAACCGCUGGCCUCUGCUUUCUCUACUCAACGGAGCAUAACGAGAAACAAAAGCACUUGGUGUAUUUUCUCUUUCUUUUAGGUUUGUUUGGGCUACGGUCGGACCGAGAGGCAUUUCAACACAGACCGUAGGACAUUUCAGUGGAUUUGCUUAAGUGCUAUAGAGAGCUGCAAACAAAAAGUGAACUUAACCUGCGUUUUCCACUCAGACUGGAUGGCAUUAGAGAUGUCACCAAACAAGCCCUUCUAUGUCUGCUAUUCCUCUCUUUCGUUUUAAUUUCAUUUGUGGCUCACUUAAAAUGCAGUUAUUAGUUUUUUAUUGGGACGCGCGGCUGCUACCCUCAGAGCGCGUAAAGCUAAAGGAUUUUACCAAGGAUUUUUCAAGGAAGAAAAAUUGAGUUGCAUUAUUAUAUUAAUUUUAAUAUUUUUGUUUUCUCUUUUUUGCUUGGAAACGUACCAUUCUGGAUCUGCAGUCUCCAUCAAUGGAUAGUGCUGAAAGGUUGAAUGACCGGAGAGGAAAUAUCGGUUAACUGCGCUUUGAUAUAAGUUCCGUGCUUCCUUACCGCUUCUUUAGACACAGUUCACGGCGCAGUCAUCGGAGCGAGAAGGCAAGGAUACACUCAAGCGAAACCCAAAUCUGUUCGUGACAAAACAAAUAACCCAGUCACAGUCGGACUUUUAUUAGCUGAUUGGGCCUAGGGUACUUAUGGUGGACAUAUUGCUAUUAAUAUUAUUUUCGUAUUAUGUUAAAUUGCCAUGACAAGCUAAUGAACAGAUCACAGAUCAUUUUUUGUCGCGGACGUGGAGUCGUCAUGAAUCAAGACCAUGUCUCAACAGUAGUCUUCUUCUAUAAAGUAUAAAAUAUUCAAACAAAAUAUCAACCAAAAGUGCUACGGCUUCCAAUGGGAAUAGAAUUCGAUAGCUAAUUCCAUCAAUUUCAUCAGUUUAUUUUCACAGAUUUUGUAUUUUUUUUGUUUUCGAACAAAACACAAAUAAACGAGACAAACGAAAACAAAAUUCGUUUUAACCCAUAGUAAGGCCUAAAGACCGGCCUGAGGCCUCAUAAGGACAUUAAACCUACAAGCAGGGGUCCCACGGAGGAAUCACUGAUGGAGAUCCACUGCAAACACGACCCGUUCGCAGCCAUGCACAGGCACGGGGGUGUAAACCAGCUGGGCGGGGUGUUUGUGAAUGGCCGGCCCCUGCCUGAUGUGGUGCGGCAGCGGAUAGUGGAGCUGGCUCACCAGGGGGUUCGGCCCUGUGACAUCUCCAGACAGCUCAGAGUCAGUCAUGGCUGUGUAAGCAAGAUACUGGGCAGGUAUUAUGAGACAGGCAGCAUCAAACCCGGGGUUAUUGGGGGAUCCAAGCCAAAGGUUGCUACACCCAAAGUCGUCGACAAGAUUGCAGAUUACAAACGCCAAAAUCCCACCAUGUUUGCCUGGGAGAUCAGGGACCGGCUCCUGGCUGAGAGAGUGUGUGACAAUGACAGUGUGCCCAGCGUGAGCUCCAUAAACAGGAUCAUUCGCACUAAGGUCCAGCAGCCUCCUGGGCAGUCAGGGCCCAUUUCGGCUCAUAAUUUAGCCUCCCCUGUGGCCGUGACACAAGUUUCGUCUGUGACCAGCGACACUGCCGGCUCCUCCUACUCCAUCAGUGGCAUCCUGGGGAUUAGUUCAGCAAACGACACCAGUAAGAGGAAGAGAGAUGAAGGUACUUCAUCAGCUCUCCAAGACUCGCCGCUCUCUAAUGGCCACCACCACAAUGGGCGGGACUUCCUGAGAAAGCAGAUGAGGGGAGAGCUCUUCACGUCACAGCAGCUUGAGGUAUUGGACCGUGUGUUUGAUAGACAGCCCCACCCUGAGCUCUACCUUACCCCUGAGCCCAACAAACCCUCCCAGACAUCUGAUUACUCCGCUAUGGCGUCUCUUGCCGGGGGCCUGGAGGAGAUGAAAAACAGCAUAGCCAAUCAGACGGGAGCAGAGCUGGGAGCCAGCGUGUCAGGGCCGCAGUCCUACCCCUUGGUGGCAGGUCGUGACCUUGCCAGCACCACACUGCCUGGGUACCCCCCUCACGUCCCUCCGGCUGGGCAAGGCAGCUACUCAGCCCCCUCAUUAAGUGGCAUGGUGCCUGGGGGUGACUUUUCAGGCGGUCCGUACUCUCAUCCUCAGUAUUCCACAUAUAAUGAGUCCUGGAGAUUCCCAAACCCGAGUCUGUUAGUGCUGCAGCAGGACUACGGAUCUCUUCUGGGCUCUGACAUGGCCUGCAGCUCCGGGCUGUUCACCAGCCAGACCACACAGAUCACAGGGUCUCCAUACUACUACAGUGCUGCCACACGAGGUGCAGGCCCUGCUGCCACAGCUACUGCCAGCUCCUAUGACCGCCAUUAACUGCCAGUGAGGAGAAUGAGGAGGAGGAGGAGGAGGAAGAGGAGGGUAUGAGGGUGAUAACACCAGCGUUACUCCAGGAGUACAGAGGAUUGGAGAGGAGAGAGAGAGGAGAGUGAAGACACUGUUUGUACGUCCAAACUUACUUCUAUGCCAUUCUUCAUGUUCUGCCUAUAGCCUAUAGCUCCAUUCAUGACUUUGUGCUGCCAUGUUGAAAGGGUGAGAAACGCAGAUGUUUCUUUGCUCUGCAUCUUUCUCUCUUCCUCUGGUCUUUCAGCCUUUUGCAUUGACCUCCCUGAGAUGUGAACUCUGGGGUUUUAGUCUAAAUAAUAAUGAAUCUUUCAUUGCAAACUCCUCCAGCGUUCAGUCAUUGUUUUGUUUACAGUAGAACCUUUAUUACUUGAGUUAAGUAAUGAAUUGAAGAAGCCCUGAAAAAGGUUUAUGAUUGAUUUUGUACUUUUGUCAUGUCUUUUUAUUUGAUGUGUUGGGAAAAGAAAAUUGCAAAAUGUUCUGUAUAGUUUACAACAUAAGGAGAGCUGAGUUUUGAUUUGGCUGAAUGGACAAUCUACCACUGGCUAGAUUUAGGUUCACUCCCACUCGGGCAGUGAUAAUGGGGAUGAUGUGUUCAUUGUCUCAUCCAUGACAUAAUAGCAACUGCGGUGCCUGUUCUUUAGUUUGUUAAAACCUGCAUUUUUAAAACUCUUUACUUUUGUUCAUUAAUUCCAAUCUUCCCGCUCUUUCCUUUUGUUGUUGUUUUGUAAUAUACUCUUUAAAAGAAUAUAUGUUUGAGUGGUUGUUCAUAUGAUAUUUUUCUCAGGUUAGUAAACUGGCACUAUUGAAAAGACAGCCUAUAGACUUGAUUAAUUCUGAUUCCAAGCUGAGAGAGAGGGAAGGUCAUCACUGAAUGCAAAUUUAGAGUGCCUAUGAAAUGAAAGCACAACAUCAGUACAAAUCCUAAACGGAGACGUCAGCAUGGACUACAGCGGAAUGCUGAACUUCUUCCUCUCGAUGUCUACCCAGUUUUCAUCUGAAAGGCAUGCUUUCCAGAGUGUGCUUGAAAGUCUAACACACUCAUAUGGGAUAUACAAUAGCAUAGGUGUACAUUAUGUGAAACAUGUUCGUGUGUGUUUAUGUGUGACUUUCUAAUGCUGCACACACACGUAGCAAUUUAGGUACAAUAAUCACCCACACGAAGCACAGUAAACACAUCCGGCCAGUAAAUAGUGUACAGACACAUCUCCCUCUCCCUGUGUACAUAGAGGUGAUCGGUGUGUGAUGUGUAUAUGUGUGUGUAUGCUGGACCUACGACCCAGCCCUCAUAUUGGGAAUGUUGAAAUAAUUUAAAGAUAUUUAUUGCUGGAGAGGCAGACUAAUAUAUAUGCUCUAUAGGAGACUUGUUGCCAGUAUCCAGUGCCAGUGGCUACAUUUGAGCACUGCUCAGUUUUUAAAGGAAUAACAGACUCUCAUCAGACUUAGCCAGGGUUUGGUAGUGUGUUGUCAAAAGACGUGCCAGUCUCAGCCCCUGUACCCAUUCCCAAUGACGUUAUCAAGCAGACUUACUAGACGUGAAAUCAUUGUGUGACAAAAACCUCCCCAAAGAAACUGACUCUCCUAUAAAGCACAAUGACACAAUGAGUCAACACUGUUUGUUUUUUUCAAUCAAUCAACAUUUCUAUUUCUCUCUUUUUUAUAACACUCUCUCUCUCUCUUUCUCUUUUUCAAGUACGUGUACUUUAUUUCUGAGUAACUCCUUUCAUCUGCAAUGCGCUGAGACAAUGCACGAAGUGGUGGAGGCCUUACCAAACCCUUUCUGUGUGUCAAAACUGUGUGUCAAAACUGUGAGUGUCUACCACUGUGUGUGUGUGUGUGUGUGUGUACAAUUGAUGCUGUACAGUAUCCAUUUCCAACAAAAUAUCCCCAAUCAGAAUUGAUUGAGAAUUCAUAUUUAUUGUAGAUGCUAGUGAAUGAACACAGAGAAAAUGGUGUGAUUUAUUUAGCUAUUGUCCACCCGUGUAAAAACCUUUUUAUGUCCGUUUGUUUUUGAUACGCUGUGGUCUGCUCAGAGUAGCUUUGAACUGAAGGAGUACUGUGUAGUUUCAAUAGCCAAUCAGAAGCACCAAAACUGCAAUGGAAAGGUUAACAAAAGAAGAGGAAAAUAAAAAUAUAUGAGUAUAUCUUCAGAAAGUGUUAGUUUGAUUAUUAAUCUGUAAAGUAGUUAUAGAAUGACUUCUUGUGUUUGUAGGCCUAAGUUGCUGCUUGGGCAACUCUAAAGAAACCCUUAAUAAAAAAUUCACCAUAGUGCUACUGGUGAACUUUGUCCUUAUCUAACCUUGUAGUUUGAGGCAUUAUGAACCUGAGGUGCACCAGCUGAUAUUAAGGACAGUGCCUUUAUUUUUUCUACUGAGUCAUCCAGUCUUGACCAUGUGUCCCUAAAGCAACUGUCUACUCUGUCUACAGAAGGUCACUUAUCUAUAGACCAAUCAAUGCCGAGUGAACCACAGCAAACUAAUUUGAAUUCACAGGAUUUAGUAUUUCUCUCUUACAAACCAAGGAAACCAGGUUGUUUAAAAGCCUAAACAUAUGUACACAAGAUAUUUAUAUGUUGUCAUUAUCAAGUUAUCAUGAUAUUAAUUGGAUGCCGUUCAGUUAGUAUAUCACCACAUUUUAGUGGAAUGAUUAGAUGUUGAACAAAGGCAUGACUAGGGCCUACCACAGCUAAGAUCUGGCCAUAUACACAAUCAAAAAAACAAUAAUUCUUAAAUCUACCCUAGUCUCCAAAAUAUACACAUUUGUAUGACCACUUGUACAACUCAACUAUCCCACAUUAAUAUACUAUAUACCUUAGAAUAUCUGACAAAUAUCUUUGCAGACCAUGUAGAAUUAUCAAUGAGGUUACCAAUGCCAUUGAGAAGACCUUAUUGGUUGAAUAAGGUAGAUGUGACUAUCAUUGGCUUAGAAACUUGGCUUGAAACGGACAGCGGUGAUUAGCACCCGCCCCUCAGACACUCCCCCACUCGGUUCCUUUGUCCUCUGUGGGUCACGAGUCCCCCCUCCAUUCUCUCAGGGGGAAUCAAACCUGCUGUGCCAUCAAAACCCAACCUUGCCCUGCCUCACCCCCAUCACUCUCUCUCAUUCACUCUAUCUUAAUCUCAUCAGAGCGCCAGCCUCUGUUCUCUCCUCACCUCUCACGUCUGCCAUUUCACAUCCAGAGGAACUGUUCCA